GGCGGCCGCAGGUCUUGGAAUGCCUUGCCGCAGCCCACCUUGCUGCCGAGUCCGACACGGACGCCCAGGCGCUUCGGGAGCUUAGUCUAGACCAGCCGCUGCCCAACGGCCACACGCCGCUGCAGCUGGCGGCGCUCCACGGGCGCACCGACGUCCUGCGGCUGCUGCUGGAGUUCGAGCCGCGGCUGCUGCCGGUCGACCCGAACGCGUUCGGCUCGCAGCGGAGGACGGCGCUGCACUACGCCGCGGGGAGCCGCAAGCCCAAGAGCGUGGGCGAGCUGCUGCGCCACGGGGCUGACCCGUGCGUGGCGGCAGGCG